AUGAAUAUUGAUGGUGAUGGUGGUGAUGGUGAUGGCGGUGUUGGUGUUGGUGGAGGUGGACAUUUUGAUGGUGGCGGUGAUGGUAAUGGUGGUACCGGUGGACAUGGCGAUGGUGGCAAUGAUGGCGGUGAUGAUAGUGGUGGUGUUGGUGAAGGUGGCAAUGGUGGCGGUGAUGGUGAUGGCGGUGUUGUUCAAGGUGGCGAUGGUGGCGGUGAUGGUAAUGGUGGUGCUGGUGAUGGUGGCGGUGAUGACGAUGGCGGUGCUGGUGGAGGUGGCUGUGGCGAUGGCGGUGGUGAUGGUGGUCUUUAA